GAUGACGUUGGCAAAGACGUCUACCACCACACAUUCUUUGAGAUGCUGGGUAACUGGAGUUUCGGGGAUUAUUUCAAAGAGGAGGCCAUCGACUGGGCUUGGGAGCUCCUCACGGAGGUCUAUGGCCUUGAUCCCAACCGUCUCUAUGCCAGCUACUUCAGUGGUGACGAGGAGCUGGGCUUGCCCCCAGAUCUGGAGGCCAAGGAGAUGUGGGAGAAGCGUCUCCCACCGGAGAGAGUGUUGCCUUUCGAUAGGAAGGACAACUUCUGGGAGAUGGGGGCCACAGGCCCUUGUGGACCAUGCUCCGAGCUGCACUACGAUCGGGUCGGGGGCCGAGAUGCAGCGGCUCUGGUCAACGCGGAUGACCCCGACGUGAUUGAGAUCUGGAAUUUGGUGUUCAUGCAGUUCUAUCGUGAAGAUGAUGGAAAGCUAACGGAACUCCCCAGCCGGCACAUUGACACGGGCAUGGGCCUGGAGCGGGUGACUUCAGUGCUCCAGGACAAGCGAAGCAACUACGAUACCGACAUCUUCGGCCCACUCCUGUCCGCCCUCAAUGACUUGGUUGGAGGUGAUCCCUACCAGGGCCGCGUGGGCGACGAGGAUGUGGGGAUGCGCGACACAGCCUACAGAAUAAUUGUGGACCACGCCAGAACACUCACCCUGGCUGUUGCGGAUGGGGCCAUGCCAUCGAGCGAAGGUCGCGGCUACGUCCUCCGGCGAAUCCUGCGCCGGGCCGUGCGCUACGGCCGAUCGAAGCUGCAAGCACCGCCAGGAUUCUUCAGCCAGCUGGUCCCCAAAGUGGCCGACUGCCUUGGCGUGGCCUUCCCAGAGCUCAAUGAGGGGGCGAAGCGCGUAGAAUCGGUGCUUCGUGAGGAGGAG